AUGGCCACUCCAUCAUCACAGGCGGUUGCAAAGCGGUCAUCGGACACGCAACUGAUGCCUCCUCCGCCACCCUGCAAACGCAUCAAACGACCACCGGUAGCCCUUGACGAAGACGAUUACACCGAUGCCUUGUCACAUAUUGUCGCCCGAGACUUUUUCCCCGGCUUACUGGAAACUCAAGCUCAACAGGAUUAUCUCGAUGCUCUCGAAUCGAAGGACAAGGAAUGGAUUGCCACCGCGGGAAGAAGGAUGGCGCAAGUAAUGACACCAGGAUCGCAGAGAAGGUAUGCUGGGACAUCCAUGACGCCAGACCGCGAGAGGGCUCCCAGUGUGUCCAAUAUGGCUACUCCCGGCCGUACGCCAGUUACGAAUAAGAACACGCCCAGAGGCUGGAAGGGAGAUACCCCGGUGUCUUGUGCCACGCCCGGUACUGUGGGUUCCGUUGCGACAAGCUCGGUGAACGGAGGAGUCUCGUCGAAGAUUAGAAAUAUGGGGCUGGGUGCCUUUCAACAAAAAUACACAAGCGAAGACAACGAAUCGUUUAACAAGGUGCUCGAUAAACAGAAUACAAAGAGAAGAGAGAAAUACGCAUGGCUAUGGAGUGGGAAUAAGAUCCCAUCCGCUAGAGAGUUAGUACAUAAAAAGCGGGAAGCAAAAAGACUAGAAGCUCGGGCUGCGCCGGAUGGAAGUAAAGAGAAGCAGCUUUUGAAAUUAUCCGAUACAAGGGUCGUGGCGGACGAACGUCCAGCAAGGCCGGAUGGAUGGAAGUCGAAACCCGAGAAUUCUUUCAUGUUCAUCCCUUCAUCCGUGGAGGAUGAGGUUGAAUCCGUUCAGCAGAAGCGAGAGGCCACGUCCAGAAUGGGAGAGAAGCAAGUUAUAUACCAUAAUACCCGCCUCAGACCUUCAAUUGAACAUACAGACGCGGAUCGACAAUCGGCAGUCCCGCCAUCUCCUUCCUUAUCGGCGGUUCGUGACGCAAUAGCUGGACGACCACGACCUACGGAUUCUGAGCCGGGGUUCACUGGCGGUGAAACUCCUCGCGUAAACGGAUACGCCUUUGUCGACGAAGACGAACCCGAACCGCCAACAGGGCAUAUCGACGAGGAUGAAGAGGCUUAUCACCUCAAACUUCUUGAAAGCCAAACAUCCGGAUCUACACCAAAUCCCUUUAAGCUCAAAGAAAGCGGAAGGCGAGAGUUGCUGCUUCACCGUAUGGUGGAACGGGUGGCGAAGAAUAACAGAACCGAAAAGGCGAUGAACGAGACGCGAACCCCUGUUCCGAUGUUCCCUAGUAGCCCGGUUAUCGCCUUUGGGAAAUCGGGCGAUAGAUCGUCCAGGUCCAAAACUCCUGCGAUGAGCAAAGCAGCCCUGACCCCUGCCGCCCAAAGGCUUUGGGCUCAAGUAGGUAAUAGUACUCCGAGAAGAGCUGUGACGGCGGGUACACCAACCGGCAGAAAGAAUAUGUGGACGCCUACCCCGAAGAGGGCUAAAUAG